UUUUUUUUUGGCGAAAGGAAGUGAUAUAUUGUGUGUGUGUGUGGUGUGGUGUGGUCGCAAAAAAAAAGGAAAAAAAAUAAUUCGGCGUCAAGACGCUGAAGUUAUGGCAACACAAGAAAGCACGUCUCUUUACUUCACUCUUUCAUUCUCUAAUCUUUUGCUUACUUUUACACUCUUAUGUGAGCGCGCGCGGGCUGACAUGACAAAGAAAAGUCCAAUCAUGCCGUUUUGCUUACAGCCCUGAGGAAAUACGUUAUUAUGCAACAGACGAAAGAACAUUCCGCGGGUGCUCCGUUCACUGUUGCGCAGUAAAUCAUACGUCCCAGGCGUGUUGCUGUGAGAAUCAACGGAUAGUUGGAGCUGAACACGUACCUGUGCACUGACCAAAAGAAACCGUAUGUAAUGCUGGCUCGCUCUUGCAAAUUAGCGUAUAACAUAAGUGCAGUACCCGUUUGAUGUUUGCAGUUCAGCUUGUACCAGCCAUCGUGCUGUUGUUCAUGUUACCAUGUAUUCAAAGAGGAGAACAGAAUGUAUUGUUGAUCACGCACUCUGCCAAGUGUGGCGUUAUGUACCACGGUGCUAUGUCGUCUUCUGGUUUCCGUAUACAGUAUCUCUGUGACCAGCGAAAGGGAUAUCGUGGACCCAACCACCCGCACACACAAAACAAACACAUGCACACAGUGGCUCUUCCGAAACAGACCAGGAACAUCCACGUUGCUCUUCGUUUCUUUCCAAGCACAGUAAGGGGAUGAUUUGAUAAGGAGCAGAAGAU